AUGGUGUCUACAACCGCACCUAAAUUUGGCGUUCGAUUUCCAACACGUAAAGAAAGAACAGUAAAACGAGUUACAAAAUGUGAAACACGUGAAAUUCAAAAACGUCUUGAACCACCAAAACCAGUCCGUGUUCGUCCACCUCCCAAACCUAAAGCACCCAAAAAGCCACCACCACCACCAGCUACACUUUGUAAGCCGCCUAAACCUCCGAGAACAUCAGCAACGCAUGCUAACGAACGUCAGCCAUCAUCAACAUCACAAACGCAAUCGACAUCGUCAUCUUCAUCAUCGAAACCAACAACAUCUUCUUUAUCUGGAGCACGUACUUUACAAGCACCGGAUUUAGAAAAACUAGCCCGUCUCAAUUGCUCACGUGAAUUUAGUCUUUUUCACAAAUUUAUUAAACCAGAACUAUCAAGAUCCUAUGAAAACCAGCUGGGCUUUUUACAAACUAAAUUACAACAUUUAAAAAAUGAAUUUGUUAAUAAACAAGCUGAACAUCUAAAUUUUGAACAAAUCCGAGAUUAUUAUAAUGAAGCUGUAAAAGAAAAUGUACGACGUCAUAUUAAGCCAGAUGAAUAUUUAACAUUAGCUGAUAAAUUUAAACAAGAUGCCAAACAAGCUAUUGACAAAUGGCUACGAAAAAAAGAUAUUAAACCACAACGACAAAUAACUGAGUUUUUACAAAGACGUCAAGCACGUAUUCGUGAUCGAAUUAAAGAAACGCUUGAAGAAGCGAAAAAGCAACAACAACUAACUAAGGAAGGAGAAGCAGAAGCAGGCGCAGGAGCAGAAACAGAAGUAGACACAGAAGUUGAAGUCACAGAAAGUACCAUUAUAGUAGAAUCGCCUGCAUUAUCACCGAUAACAACAACAGAAAUAAAACCAACAACGAUGACAAUAAUAGAAGAUGAUGAAAUUAUGAUUAUCGAUUAG